GCAGGUCGGAGCCUCGGGCUCCGUGGAGCCUUGUUGGGAGUGCCGAGCCACGGGGGACCGCCCUGUAAGUAGGGCUGUGCCUGUCCCCUGGGCUUGGCGGGACCCCCUGUAAUCAGGCGGGUGCCCCUGGCCGCGGCCUUUCAGAGGCAUGGGGCCGGGAUGUGUGUGGGCCUUUGGCCGUGAAGCUCCGCGGCCUGGCUGUUGAGUGAGUCUCGUUCCUGUUGCUGUGGGGGAAGGCCGAGCUCUCUGGCUCCCUGGGUGUCGACCUGCCUGUAACCAGGGUCCGGGUCUGGGAGCCUUUGUGCUCCACUGGCAGCCUGUGUGGGGUGACCGCCCCGUUAGCGGGUGCAGGUCAGGGUGCCCCUGAAUCAGAGAGGAGCCUCUGAGGGCCUUUGGGACCAGGGCUGCCCUGUAAGUCAGCCCUGGGCGUGCCCUGGGAGUGCCGAGCUGAGGGCGACCACUCUGUAAAUAGGGCUGUGCGUGUCCCCUGCAGUUGGCAGGAUGUGCUGGGAGGGACCCCCUGUAGUCAGGUGGGUGUCCCUGGUCCUGGCCCUUCAAGGGCAAAAAUUUGGAAGUUGUAUCUUCUUAACACAGAAUUGGAAUGGCUUCUAAAAACCCAAGGAACGGCAUUGAGCCAAGUACUUCCCCCAAAGUCAUAAAAACCUUCCCAAAAGUGCCAAGGAUGCUCUUGUUUGACUGCAUCCCUGGUGACAGGGAGCUCCCUUUGCUUAGAGUGCCUCUCUUUGCUUUUCUCUUUCCCUUUCUUCAGCCUGCCGCUCCUCCUCCUAUUCGCUCUUGCCUCGUGGUUCCACACGCACGUUUGAUGCCUGUUCUUUCUUUCUUUCUUGUCUAGGAGUUGUUGCUGGGGGGGACGGUGCAGUCUUUUCACAGGAGCGCAAGCGCCUCCGCCCAGAGAACAGGGGGAAGCCGGCCCUCGGAGAGACCUCCCCACGGCGGUCCCCAGUCCCUGGUUUCUGGCCGUCCUUCCCCCUUUCGCCCCCUACCCCCCUUGGCUUAGACAUCUUGGGCGCCGCGUGGUGCCCAGCAUCCUGGGGGCUUUACAGAGGAGAGGCCCUGGCCCUGUUUCUGGGGGGGCGGCCCAGUUCAACGCCAUUAAGCCCAGUGCCAGGGCUUCCUGGGCAGGACCCGGGCCCUGCUUGCAGGCCCGUGGAAAGGGCCCCUUCCCCCCCAGCUUUUGCCUUCCCCGGGGGUUCCCUUUCUCCCCAGCUGAGAGCAAAGGGAAAGGGGACCAGGGCACGAUAGGGUAGGGCAGGGCAGGGCAGGGCAGCGCAGCAGGUUUAGGGUGGCAAGCGUCACUUGCAGGCCCCAAACACCAGCCACUUCCCAAACAGCUGCUCUGCAUUGAAGCGGCAGCUUCUCCCAAGUGGCAAGGAACCCACCUCAGAACGUUCUUCUGCCCAAGCCCCUAAAACCUCCCGGGAAAAGCCCUUGCUAGUCACCAGCCACUGCUGCCGAGUCUCCUGCCUUCAGGGCAGAAAGUACACUCUUGAUAGUGCUCUGCUGGCAGCCGGUGUGGGGUGACCGCCCCGUUAGUGGGUGCGGGUCAGGGUGUCCCUGAAUCGGAGAGAAGGAGCCUCUGAGGGCCUGUGGGACCAGGGCUGCCCUGUAAGUCGGGGCCAGACCAGUGCCCUGCAGUCCCAGGCACUUUGAAUUCCAGGCAGCGGCUCGAGCCCCCUGUAAGCAGGGGUGCAGGCUCUUUGGCCGCCACUGUGCAUGCCUAGCUCCAUUUGCCCAGGGCGUCCACCUCCGAGCCCAGCUCUGGCACCAGCUGGAACUCCACAGGCGUCAGCGCUGGGACUGGAACACCAAUGUGCAGCUGCUGGUGGAGCCGUCGUUUGUGGAAGGAACCGCCAGGCAAGAGCGAGGGAGAAGAGGAGCGGCAGCAGACUGAAGAAAGGGCACGAGAAAGGCACUCUUGGGCAGGGGAUCUCCCUGUCUUCGGAGCUGCGGUCGCCUAAAGCAUCCCUGGCCCUUUGGGGAUGUUUUCUGUGCCUCUGGAGCAGGUCAUCUGGGAGCAAAGCAGGACAAGUCUGGGCCCCUGAAGGAUCAACAGCUUUCAAGUGUCUCAUCUCAGCCAGGUUCUGUGCAGCUCUCUUAAGCAACAUCUCUGAUUGUGAUGAGACGUUUAACUAUUGGGAACCGACACACUACCUCAUUUAUGGAAAGGGGUUUCAGACAUGGGAAUACUCUCCGGCAUAUGCCAUCCGCUCCUAUGCUUACCUGUGGCUUCAUGCCUUACCAGCCUUGUUCCAUGCUAGAGUUCUACAAACUAACAAGGUUCUUAUCUUCUAUUUCCUCCGAUGCUUCCUGGCCUUCCUGAGCUGCAUUUGUGAACUCUACUUUUACAAGGCUGUGUGCAAGAAGUUUGGGCUACAUGUGAGCCGGCUGAUGUUAGCCUUCUUGGUACUCAGCACUGGGAUGUUUUGCUCAUCUGCAGCUUUCCUCCCAAGCAGUUUCUGCAUGUACACCACGGUGGUUGCCAUGACUGGUUGGUAUAUGGACAAGACCUCUGUAGCAGUGCUGGGGGUGGCUGCUGGAGCCCUUCUGGGCUGGCCCUUCAGCGCAGCUCUUGGGCUUCCUAUUGCCUUUGACUUGUUGAUACUGAAGCAGAGGUGGAAAAGUUUCCUAAACUGGUGCGUGAUGUCAUUGAUCCUGUUUUUGGUGCCCUUGGUAGUUGUGGACAGCUAUUACUAUGGGAAGCUGGUAGUUGCGCCUCUCAACAUUGUUUUAUACAAUGUCUUCACCUCUCACGGACCUGAUCUCUAUGCAAAAGCAGACUGCGAGCUCCAAAGGGCUGCAGGUCCAGCUUUUUACCACAUGAUGUCUCUCUCGAGCUGGGAAUCCUCAGGCCAUUGGCGGAUUUCUCCACGCUGUACAGAACCCUGGUCCUUCUAUUUCAUCAAUGGCUUUCUGAAUUUUAACGUGGUAUUUAUUUUGGCACUGCUUGUGCUGCCACUGACUUGUCUCAUGGAGUGUCUGCUUCAGAAGUUUCAUGUUCAGAAUUUGGGCCGUCCCUACUGGCUGACACUAGCUCCUAUGUACAUUUGGAUAGUGAUUUUCUUCAGUCAGCCGCACAAAGAAGAGAGGUUUCUCUUUCCCAUCUAUCCCCUCAUCUGUCUCUGCGGUGCUGUGGCUCUGUCUGCUCUUCAGAAAUGUUACCACUUCGUAUUCCAGCGCUACCGCCUGGAACACUACACAGUCUCCUCCAACUGGCUGGCUCUGGGGACUGUCUUCCUCUUUGGCCUUUUGUCAUUGUCACGCUCUGUUGCCUUAUUCAGAGGCUACCACGGGCCCCUGGACCUGUACCCAGAAUUUCACAGGAUUGCUACUGACCCAAGUAUUCACACUGUGCCGGAGGGGAGACCAGUUAAUGUCUGUGUAGGAAAAGAGUGGCACAGAUUUCCAAGCAGUUUUCUCCUGCCAGAUAAUUGGCAGCUCCAGUUCAUCCUGUCAGAAUUCAGGGGCCAGUUACCAAAACCGUUUGCCAAGGGACCAAUGGCCACACGGAUCAUUCCCACUGACAUGAAUGACCAAAACAAGGAAGAGCCAUCUCGAUAUAUUGACAUUUCGAAAUGCCACUAUCUGGUGGACUUGGAUACAGCAGCUGAAACACCAAGGGAGCCAAGGUAUUCCUCCAACAAAGAAGAGUGGGUAACCAUUGCCUACAAGCCAUUCCUAGAUGCUUCCAGGUCCUCAAAGCUGCUGCGUGCAUUCUACGUCCCUCUCCUCUCAGAACAGUACACAUGGUAUGCAAACUAUACUAUUCUGAAAUCCCGAAGGUUGAAGCAAACCAGGAAAAAAAUGGGAGGCUAGCAACACACCUGGGCAACAAAACCAAAAGCAUCUGCUGACACUCUUGGACAGCUGCCUAAGCCAUCUUCAGUUCCCUUUUUGAAAGAUUGAGCUUGUAAGAUUCACUAAUAAAGAUUUCCCAUGAAGUGAUUUUGCUCUGCAACCUUCCAGCUGUAAAAAAGGUGCAUCGUCUGCGUUCAGUUCUCAGUGUCAAGUCUCUGCUCUGCCUACACAGAACAUAUUGGUAAGAAACCAUUUGAAAAUCCAGCAGCCACCUACGAAUGUAUUAUCCCUGCUGCUCCGUGUUAUUAUCUAUUAUACCAGAGAAGAGAAAAAUGGAAAAUAAAAAGGAAUGACAGUAUGAGGUUUUACUCCAGGUUGCUAUCUGGGAAAAUCCAGCUCAGCCUCUCUUUUCCUCUCUCCUGCCCCCUUCCACUGUUCUCAUCUGCUCAAGUAUUGCUCACCUUCUCCUAGGGAAUUUUUUCAGGUAACAACAUUUAGGAUUUUUUUUUUUUAAAGAUAAAGGAAGGGGAAAAGAGGAAAACCUUGAGAGACAAUUAACUGAGAUGCUCUGAAUCUCAAGGAAUGAAGUAGCAUGCAUCACAGAGAAACACCUAAAGUUGCUCUGUCCAGGAGACACUUUCAAGGAUUAACCUCUGCUUCUGGGAGAAGAGACCCCAAACUUAGGAGUUGAGCCAGUUAUCUAUUUUAAUGGGAUCAGUGUGUUUUUGUUAUUUGUGAAACCAAGGGUUUGUUUGCUAUUUAUAAUAAUUUUUAAAAGAUACCUACAAUGUCCUUUGAAUUCUAGACUACAGCAUCUUAAAAUUUCUGGAAACAUCCAGAGAGGAGAGGGAUUAAUUUUUUUUUUUUGCUGUUCUGUUUCCCAGAAUAGACAGUAUGUGUUACAUUGGUCCAACAUGCCCCAGAGCAAUGCUGUAUUUAUUACAUCUCCAUUUUUAAAACAUACAGUAUCACAAGCUAGAUGAAGGGAAUUGUUUUCACUCACAUCCUUGGAACUCUGUGGGGAUGGGAUGGCAUGAGAUGGAGCAGCAAGGAAGUUCCUUUUGCAAAAAGGCUGCAGAAGCUCCAUGCCCCACUGUGAUUGUGAUUAGAUUGGUCUGUGUGUGCAGUGACAGAGCACCAGAGCAGGUGGACCAGGAAGCAGAUUUUUAUGUUUGGAAGCUGUUGGGAUCCAAACGGAAGAGCGCAUGCCUCUGAGGAUACACGUGUUGGUCCAGGUGCAGAAUGCAGUGCUAAGUAGGUCUCUCGGCCAGUCUGCAGGUUAACAGCUGAGCAGGAUGGGAAAGGCAGGCUGUACCAAUGGGGCUUUGAUCUAACAUAAUAUUGCUGGGACAAAGCAGGAGGAACUGGAUGAGGAGCAAGGCAUGGGCUGAAUCGGAAGAGCAACUUCAGAAACAUAGGAAGAGGUGUUGUGAAUCCCCUGCAUUUUGUUAAGGAGGAGUUUUUUUAGUGGCAUUGUGCUCUAUUGGAAACACAGCUUAUAAAGUGCAAAACAUGAUAAGAGCAAACAGAGCAUUGCUUCAUUGUCUGGAUGAUUACAGGAUGGAGAAUGCAGUUCUCUUCCAUUGCAGCCCCAUUGUAUGGACGAGCAGUUUGAAGCUGAGACUCUAAAUUCAAACUUUGAAGGCUUAGGGAUCCAUCUGUGGUGUCUAAGUCUUGGCUCUCUUCAGAGAGGUGGAUUUCGCCCUAUGCAAAUAUCACACUUUAUAAGAGUCAAGUGUGGAGCUUCAAGGUUUUCAGCCAAGUAACUGGUGUCUUAGCUGAGUUGGUCUGAAAGGUCAGUCACAUUGCAGAUCAAUGUUGUACUGUCUGUGUUCAUAGUAUUCCCCCACCUCUCUCCAGCUGGCUCUACCCCUCAUAAAAGUUUACAUGCGUUGAACAGGGCUCUACAGUGCCAGUAAAUCAAAACCAAAACUCUUGCCCUGCAUGUUACCUCUCCCCUUGCUAAUCCCCGACCUUAAAUCAAAUAGAGAAAAAAACACAGUUAAAGAACCAAUUGCACCUCUUUCUGGUGCUGUUUGUGUGACUGUUCCAUGUUGUCAUGGCCUGUAAC